AUGGCUGUCCAUCACGACGCGGAAAAGCACGGUGAGGUAUCAGACAAAUACACAGACAUUCAAAACAUCGACGCCAUCGAAGAAACAAACGCUCCAGCUGUCCGGGCUUUAAUCUGGAAACAAGAUCUGCGUAUCAUCCCCUUGUGCGCUACGAUUUACCUCCUUUGCUUUCUUGACCGCUCCAACAUUGGCAAUGCCAAAACCCUCAAUGCCAACGAGGGGCAUUCCCUCCUGCAAGAGACACACAUGACCAACUACCAGUUUACAAUCGCCCUCAUGGUCUUCCUUGUUGCCUACGCUGUGUUCGAAGUACCGAGUAACUAUUUCCUCAAGAAGUUCAAGCCGAGCCGUUGGAUAGCCUUCCUCAUGUUUGGGUGGGGCGCUUGCACAAUCGGACUCGGUGGCGCGAAAAACUAUGCGACUGUCACCGCUGUCCGGUUUCUGCUCGGAGCGUGUGAAGCUGGACUGUUCCCCGGCUUGGUCUACUAUCUCACGUUCUGGUAUCGUGCACGCGAAAGAAGUAUACGUGUUGCUAUCAUUUUGGCGAGCGCGACACUUGCGGGGGCGUUUGGCGGUGCUAUCGCUUAUGGCGUAGGGCACAUGAAGAUGGUACACGGCCUUUCUGCCUGGAGAUGGCUGUUCAUAUUGGAGGGAAUUCCUUCAUGCGUCUCAUCGGUCGCGGUAUGGCUGCUUUUGCCAGACUAUCCUGAAGAAGCAUCGUGGCUAUCGACAUCCGAACGCGAACUAGCUGUUGCACGUUUGGAAAACGAGGGGUCAAAAGGCAACGCACCUUCGCUUACCUGGAAGACAGCCAAAGAAACAUUACUCGACGGCCGUCUCUGGGUGCAUUACAUCAUUUACUUUGGCAUUUCAGCACCAUUCAGCUCGCUAUCGCUUUUCACCCCGACUAUCACCGCUGGCUUGGGUUACGAGAAUCUUCAAGCCCAGCUCAUGACAGUUCCUCCAUACGCGGUUGCGUAUGUAGUCUCUAUCGUCACCGCUUGGUCGUCGGACUACUUCAAUGCCCGCGCGUUGCAUGCUGCCGCCUUAUCCACCAUCGGUGCAAUUGGCUUUCUUGCGUCAGCACUUCUCCCUGCCGACGCCUUCCAUGCACGAUAUGGGUGUUUGAUUAUUGCGGCUAGCGGUGCAUUCUCGUGUAUCCCACCACUACUGGGCUGGUUGAGCACCAACAUGCAUAGCACUGCUGCGACAGGACUGGCGAUUGCCCUUAAUGUUUCUUGGGGGGCUCCCGGCCAGAUUGUCGGCGUAUGGAUAUACAAAGCAAACGAGAAGAAGGCGGGAUAUCCGACAGGGCAUUGGACCAAUUUUGCGAUGUUGAUGAUGGUUGCUGUUGGGUGUAUUGGCUUGCGCUUUUACUACCAAUGGUGUAACAAGAGGAUGCGGCAACUGGGAACGGAUGGAACAAAUGCGAUGAGAGAGUUUAGCUAUUGA